CACAAAGAAUGAUCUCGAGCUGCGAGGCUCACAAUCAUUGCUGCCGCACGAUCGCAAUCGGUUCCUGCGAGCUGCCCUUUGCAUACAGCAUCUCACAGCAGACGACGACCGCGCUGCUGCUUCAUUCCUGUUCGCUCCCGCUGCAUGCAGCGGGUGUUCAACCCAAUCCACCUCGCUGCUGCAGCUAUCCUCGAGCCCGUGGUUGCCGCGACGCCCAAGAAAGCCGCGACCCCAGUGAAUGGGCAACACCGCGGCCCGACAGGUAGCGCAACACCGACUGGCGCAGCCGCACUUUCGGGUCGCCUUGCAGCAGCGGUACGGAACGGUGAAAGUUCCCCGCGUUCGGUCCUCGACGAACCCGUCGAUCAACCGCGCGCUCUGCCUCCUGAGUCGCUCCUUCACGGAGUGAUCCCCGCGACCAUGUGGACGUCAAAAUUGGGAACGAACUAUUCGCUCGACGACAUUCGAAAGAACGACAAAAGGGCCCACGCGGAAUUGCAGAGGAUCCGGUGGCGGCCCGACAAUUCGCGCUGCGCCGACUGCGCCGCGACGCCGACGGUUUGGGCCAUUGUCAACCAUGGGACCUUCGUAUGCCUCCGAUGCGCGUCCGUGCACCGGUCGCUGGGCACGCACAUCUCGAAGCCGAAGGGCUGCACCGGGACGUAUCUGUGGGGACCCGACGAGUUACAGGCGAUGCGUCCCGGCAACAGGGCCGCAAACAUCGCCCUCCUCGGCGACUCGGCUCCGCGACUGACGCCCGACGUCUCCGACGCGGCGCUGCGCGAGCAUCUCGUCGACAAGUACGAGAAGAAGCGGUGGGCGCCCGCCGUCCGACCGCCGGAGCCGCCGGACCUGAUGACGUUCGACGAGCCCCCUCCGCCGCCGGAGGAGGACUUCUUCGCCUCGUUCGGGGUCUGACUAAGACUAACGUAUUA